UCUAGUCUUCCUAUUUGCACCACAUCAAUCCUAUGCCUCCUUUCCCCUGAACAGCUUUCCCGCCUGGACGAGAUACAGAACCUAUUCCCAAGUGAGGGCAAGAUAAUGGCAUGUGGCGGCUUCACCCCCUCUACUGAGCAAGCGUUUGGAACAAAGAGAUAUUUAAAACAUAGCUCUUCACAUCCCUAACUUCGUGCGCCGAUUAGAAACCUCGAAGUGAAGAGCAAAAGUGGUGGAAAGACAUAAGAAUUAUUGAAAAAUUGUAAAGAAUACGUGGAAGAGCUAAAGAUUCCUUUUCAUUGCAGCAUGCCCUCUACACAAAAGAGUUAUUUUGCUCACGGGGAAGGCUUCUACUAACUGCAAUCAGGGUCCGGAAGUUAUUUUGGAGAACGCUGAAGACUGUAGUCUCUUUGACUAAGAGGCGGGGGAGGAGAGUUUACACCGGAAGCUACGGCGGGCGCGGAGCGUCUGAGUACCUGUGACCUCUACGCCCCCUAGUGUGUUUCCUGUUAUACGCGCACCUUCCGAGCUGGAAGGAACCUUGUUCAGUUACGGAAGGGAAGACGUUCUCUGAUCAUGGCCUGUACUAUAGAGAAGAUCCUGACAGAUGCCAAGACCCUCCUGGAGAGGUUGAAGGACCAUGACAAUGCAGCAGAGUCCCUUAUUGACCAGUCCACCAUGUUGCACAAACGAGUGGUGGCUAUGAAGGAGGCUGGCACAGCUCUCUCACACAAGUACCAAGAAGAUGCAUCUGAGCUGAAGGAUAUGUCUAAAUUCAAACCUCACAUCCUGCUAUCUCAGGAGAACACUCAGAUCAGAGACCUGCAGCAGGAAAACAGAGAGUUGUGGAUCUCCUUGGAGGAACACCAGGAUGCCUUGGAACUUAUUAUGAACAAAUACAGAAAACAUAUGCUGCAGCUGAUGAUGAAAAGAAAAGAUGUGGAUGCCCAGCCAGUUCUGAAAGUGCAUCAAGCUCAAUCUGCAGAAAUUGAGACUCAAAUAGACAGAAUCUGUGAAAUGGGAGAGGUGAUGAGGAAAGCUGUUCAAGUGGACAACAACCAGUACUAUGAAAUACAAGAAAAGCUUGCACAGUUAGAGCUUGAAAAUAAAGAGUUGCGAAAGCUAUUAUCAAUCAGUAGAGAAUCUAUUGAGAUGCGGCAAGAAGGACUACCUGAUGAUACAGCUCAAUCCACAAAACAGCUGCCUUUGAAUAGUUGACUUCCAAAGCUGGUAACUGUAGGAAGGUGUGUGCUUGGUUUCCAAGUUGUUAUUUAAUUCCUUCAUGUCUCCUCUUGGGUAUCAUUCCAGCCUUUUGCUAUAUCAUAGACGGUGCUCUGUACACAGCUGUUGAAUUGGCACCCUCUACUGGCUGAGAUUUGCCUAGCUUAUGCAAAGAAAUACCUGUACAGCCAUAUUUCCAAGCAAAUUUGUCUUUUCUUGAUUAUUCUUGUUUUCAGAGAUCUCAGUUGGAUAAAAUUUGAUUAAUUUUGGCCUUCCUAAUCUAAAUGGGAGUUAAAGUAAUGCCUUUGAUCAGAAGUAGUAGAACAGUCUAAACACAUCCAUUUACUUGGAAGUAACAUUAUUGAUUUCAGUGGGACCUCCUUUCAAGUAAAUACGCUUAGGAUAAAUUGUUGGGCCAGCUUUAGGCAUUCUGGAGUUCUUUUGGCCCCACUUACUGAUUAAUUUAAAUACAGACUGCCAGUUUCUCUCUCUCUUAAGAUUAACAAAUAUAGAGAAUCCCUUGAAAUUAUCCUGUUUUUAAAAAAAGUAUUCUCUGAAACACCAGAGCACAAUCAUUGUGCACAUGGGCAUAGCACCUGUGCAUUGAGGGAUCUCCAUGGGGCAUGACAGAGCAUUGCAUUUCCCCAAUCUUUAGUGUAUCUGCAUGGACAGUCAUGCCAGCAUGUAAUUACAGAGAAUAGGAAGCCUAUGCAUGCCUCCCAUUCCCUGCCUAGACUUCUUACCUUCCCUCAGUCAAGGAAUCCCAUGUGCAGGCCUCUCAUUCACCACAAAGACCUGAUCCAUUGAUCAACUAUGCAUGUAUGCUGAGGAGGAAAUCUGGGGGGAAACAAGAAUACUGUGAGGAGCUUCCAGUGUGUGUGUGUGUGUGUGUGUGUGAGAGAGAGAGAGAGAGAGAGAGAGAGAGAGAGAGAGGAAAAAGUUAACUAUAAAUUGUGUAGGAACCUAGUCCUGUAUUUAUUUACAGCUUUCUGAAGCAUAUUUUGGACAGGAGAGAGGUUGCUGGGGUUUUAUUUGUGUUUUUUGCCCUCUUUGCUGUUUGCCUGCAAAUUCUCACAUCCCCAUACCCUGUAGAUUCCAUGACUGUUACACAAUUGUGCUUAAGAGUGUAGAGACAUUGCCAUGUGUCGAGUCUGUGUGGUCAUGUGUCUGUAUAAAAUGUCUUUGCUUUCAUUGCUUGUAGAACGUACCUCCUAUUGCUAAGAUGUUGUGAACCUAGAAGACUAGAAAGACUAGAAAUAUGCCUCCAUUCUAAAAUCCCUCUUGGGAAAGGAGAUGCUUAAAUAUCCCUGUUUUUCUACAGAUAACAUUUCAGAGUAGGAUCUGUGAGCUUUAUAUGUAUUGUCUGUGGCUCUUGUUGCUAUAAAUGUUGACCCAAACUUGAGGCACUAAGGUAAAAUAGCCACACGUGUCCUUUCCCCCCGCUAUCUUUCCCAUGAAUGGGGUAUGAAGGACAGGCACAUUUUAUAUUCUGGAAUUUGUAAAUCCUCGCACUCAAAUUGUAUGUGCCACUGAAACGCAUACAAAAAGAUGCUUCUUCACCAUCUUAUGCAAAUAUGGCCUGAUCAGCAGAACAGAUUCAGCUGUUUAUCAUCACUUUGCAGUGUUAUGCCUUAAAUACAUGCCAUCAGUGCCACCUUCAGAAUCUGACAAGCUCCUUUAACAAACAACGUAUUAUCUGUGUAUAAAUUUUAGAUAAUUUUGUAAAAAUACCUAUAGGACAGGAUUCUCAACCUUGGGCCUCAGAUAUUGUUAGACUCUAACUCCCCUCAUCCACAGCCACAAUGACAUUUGGACAUUGUCGCUGGGGAUGAUGGGAGUUGGACUGCAACAGCUGGGGACCCAAGGUUGGGAACCCUUGCCCUAUAGGAUGCUAUGUAAAUAAGUGAUUUAUGAAGGUGUUGACGUGAUGCAAUGCACUGUUCACCAUCUUGUCUGUCUGAUCAGUGAACUUAGAACUGUUCUCUUUACCUCUCAGGUUACUAAAUAUGUAUAUUGGCUUAUUAUUUUCUUGAAAUAAAUGUUUUGAGACAA